AUGCUAAAUUUAUCAAUUAAAUAUUUCUAUUUUAGUCGAAUUUGUGUGUAUUUUGAAAGUCUGGUGACGAUAAGAUUAGUUUAUUUAAGGUUUAAGAGCUCCAUUUAACGCCAACUACCAAAUCACUUACACUGGCUUCUGUCCAUGCUUCAGGGUUCUCGCUCCGCUACUGCGUCGUGCAUCACCUCGGCUUCAAGACUGAAUGGUCCCUCGGCUUCGGGUCAACGUCUGUCCUUGCAGCUCUCAGGCUUAACACGGGUUGUCUACACAGAAACUUCAAAAAUGGAAUUUCUGGCCGAUUCUUAAACUUGAAGCCCAGGGCGUAACUCCUAGUUUCACACUGGAGAGUUACCAGAAUGGCCUUGUGACACCUAAAGGUAUUCCAAGUUUCAACUUCCCCACAAAGAAAAAUCCAGCUCUGAAAGCGGACUAGGGCUAAGCUCCGUACACUGCCCGAACUGCUUACCUAGUAUUACUGCCCAUUUCUGGGUUUUUCAGAGCUUACGGAUAUAAUUAUAGCUUACACCCCAUUUUGGAUCGGCCUUGAGCACCCCCUCCCAAUGCCACCCACCCCCCUAACGGUCCCAAAUAUUUUAAAUGUUAAAAUAUUAAUUUGACAAGUUAACAUAUUUAAGGGGGACUUUUCAAAUAAUACUUUAACAUUUAAAAUUUUCAGGACCGUCAGGGGGUGGGCGACAUAAGGAGGGGGUACUUAAUGGCGAGCAACCAUGAGGGGUGUGCUAUAAAUAUAUACUUGAGGCUGUAUGGCUGAGAGGCCAUACCCAAACCAAGAUGCUAUAUUUUAAUCAUGAAAAUCUGAUGACAAAUUUUAAUAAUAUUUUGAUUGAAAUGGAGGCGCUUAAGCACUACAGAAAGAUAAUGAAAACCUGCAGGAAGUUAAAGGAUUAUAACUAUAGAGAAUAUUUUCUCAGGAUUUCAAGAGACAAUUUUCGCGAAAAAUCACUGGAUUUAUCGAAAAUACAAAAAAAUAUUGAGAUGCUAGAAAGACAAGCUGCAGUUCAGUCACUUUAUCCUCCACAAAAUUCAAUUAUAGAGACAUUAAAUAUCCCUCAGAAAUUAGGCAUCAGAAAUAGAAGUAUUAAUUAG